UCGAGGUCGCAAUGGUGGGAGGGGCGAGGCUCCACACAACACGUGGGCCCACACACGUCACACGCCCCUAGAGUAUAUAAAGACGAGCGUUAUCCCUGGCAGGCAGGCAGGAGGAUAUUCAUUCCCGAGGCAGACAUGAAGACUCUGGUGAUUCUAGCGGUUGCAUGCAGCUGCUCAGCACAGCUGGUGUUGCCCUACGGGGCUCCCUGGGUGCUGCCCUCAGCCAAGCUGGAGGGAGAUGCCAAGUCUGUUGCUCUCCACACCCCUUACAUCAAUCCCUUUGCUUACUCCUUCGCUGCACCCUACGCUACACCCUACUCUUAUCCCUUCUCGUACCCACUCACCUACUCACUCCCAGCUGACGCGACCACCCUCAAAGCCACCGAGUUUCCCUACGUGUACCAGGAGGAGAAGGCCGUAGAGCAGGCUCGCAGACGUCGGCGAGACGUGGCGGUAACCCUGCCGCAGGUGUAUGCCGUGCCCACCGUGGCCAAGACCAAGGUUGAGACCACGCAGUUCGAACCUGUUAAGGCUGCCACCCCUGCCGACACCACCAAGCUCGAGCUCACCACCAAAGAACACGAAUUCAAUGUUCCCGCCGUCAAAUACGUCCAGCCCGUCGUCAACCUGAAGCCAGUCACUUACUCACCUGUCUCUACUGCCUUCCCUUAUGCAGCCCUACCCUACACUGCCCCUUUCUCUGCCCCUUACUCUGCGUUUCCCUACGCUGCUCCUUACCAUGCUCUACCCUACACUGCCCCAUAUGCAGCACUCCCCUACAACUUCGCACAUGUCCCAGUGGUAAAAUUCAAAGAAUAAAUUAUUUACAAACAAUACCUGAAGAUCAUAUUGUUUUAGCUGGGUCGUCUGUGUUUGUAAUGCAUAAAUUUCUUUAAAUAAUGGUAAUGUCUUCUCACAGACGUAUUAACAUAAGACAGAAACUCACACUUAUAUAUUUUAUGUAAAGUCUUAAAAUACAAUAGUCUUUUGCACUCUCUGGAGUGCAUUAUCAAGGUCUGAGUAUGUGGUUUAAACAAUUCAUCUGCAAACCUUGUACCUUGAUAAUGCACUCAGGAGAGUGCGAAAGACUUGUAAUUCAAGUCUUGACAUAAAAUACAUCAACACAUAAGUGUGGGUUUUUAUCCUAUAUAUUUCUUUGUUGCAUCAGUUUGAAGAACAUAACGUUAAAUCACAGGAAGAAAUCAACAUAUUAUACAGUCCUGUUUCCCAGAAAUAUUCCUGCAUAAACUCAUUUCCCCCCUCCCCCCCUCCAAAAAAAUAUGCAUAACCGACCAAGACAAAAUACAGCACUGAAGAACUUGAUUACCUUUCGGACAAGUCAAAGUUUUCGUCUUUAAACUGUAUUUGAGAAAAAAAGCAUUUGUCAAUAAAUAUAAUAAUACAA